ACAAACAAGAUAAGAGCUUAAGCGUUGUCGUAAUGAAUGAACACUGCCAAAAACUACAUAUGUAGCCAAUGAUUUAUAAUAAUGGCCCCCAAUGCAGACUAGAUCCCAGACUACUGACUACUGACUACUGACUCCUGACUUCAGACUCCCCAGUGACAGCAACGCGCCAAAUUAAGCUAAAUCUGGCAAAGAGUGCGCCAAAUUAAUUAACUCGCUCGUCAGCUGCUCAACCCGCUGCACAACUCUGCGGUUCCAUUAAUUUCACACUUUAUUAAUGUCAAACGUCGGGUGCGGAGCAAGUGGGCCAGUGGCAAACGCUCGCAAAGUGUCCAAACAGCGCGACACGCUGACAAUGUGGCAGACGCUAUCAACGCUAUCCACAUCACUCACACUGCUCCCCACGUUACUCACUCAUGCCACUGCUGGCUGUAAGUGUGAGCUCGGGCAUCGCAUCAGGUCAAAGCAACGCCCCAACAUUAGUGGCAACAACACGGAAAUGCAAAGUCACAGCCAGAGCAGCGGCAGCAAUGCGGCCAACAUGUUGCCAUCAACAUCAGCAGACAUUGCGACGACAACGAGAACGACAACAGCAACAACAACGACAACAACAACGGCUGCAAUAGCGGCAACAACAGCGAUGACGCUGACAGCGACAGGAAUAGUGGUAAAAACCGCGCGUAGGUGUCGCUGCUCCAUGCCCAGAAACAGCAAAGUUGCAGCCAGCAUCCUGCACUGGCUCCUACUCCUGUGCAUCCUUUGCGAUGCCGCCCAGGCAACGUUGCGCAAUGUCAAUCUGCUCGUGGAGCCACCGGCGGUGCGACGUGGCCAGUCGGUGGCGCUCCGGUGCGAGUAUCAGUUGGAUGGUGCACCGCUCUAUUCGAUUAAGUUCUAUCGAGGCCAGUUGGAGUUUUAUCGCUUCACUCCCGGCGAGUAUCCGCACACAAAGGUCUUUCAGUAUCCUGGCAUUAAAGUGGACGAAAGCAGCUCGAAUGCCACCCUAGUGGUCAUACGCAAUGUCAGCUUUGGGCUAUCCGGAAAUUUCAGCUGCGAGGUGACAGCUGAUGCUCCACUCUACUCGACAGCCACCGCUUAUGCGCAAAUGCAAGUUGUGGAAUUCCCAGAGAAACGACCCCAUCUAUUUACAGAGCAGACCCGUUACGAGCCAGGCGAUGUGCUCCGGGCCAAUUGUAGUACGUUGCCGUCAAGACCACGUGCUGAGCUACGCUUCACCAUCAACCAGAUGCCGGUGACCACAGAGGAAACACAAUACAUUCGCACGGUUGACAAUCUAAUAGCAUCCAGGCUGAGUAUCAAAUUGCAAUUGCAAUCGGUGCACUUUGUGGCCGCCACCACCAAUGCCAAUGGAAAUGGCAAUGUCAACACACAUGGCCGAGUUGCUAAUAUGCAAAGGACAAAUGCAUUGGGCACUGGAACAGGCUCUGGCUCUGGUACUGGUGGUGGCGCCGGACACGCUGGAGGACUCAUGUUACGCUGCACGGCUCAAAUUGGUGAUUUAUAUCAAGAGUACAAGGAAAUUGAAUUGGGCACGCCACAAAAGGAUCCAGUGCCGGCGAGAGUUACACUCUCAUCCGGCUCAGGGUUGAGGAAUUUCUUGGAAACCUAUUUCUACACAUCGGCAGCUGGCCGAGUAUUCAGCGUAACCACAUUUUUCAUUUGCUGCCUAAUCUCCAUGUUCUCGAUGAUGAUAACAACAAGCGGCAGCUAAAUGCAAAAUUGAUUACAUUCUAGCUACAAUUACUUACAUACAUAGAGAGUACAGCUUGAACAUGAAAUGUGUACAGCAUAGAUAAUGGCUUCGAUGUGUGUGGCCAAUCGUAUUAAGCUUAGCCGCUACACUUCCCCCUCCUCCAAUCCUGCCAGUCAACCGAAAAAAAUAUCCGCUCUAACCACUAAAUAAAAUACACAUUAUAUUCAUAUAUAUGUUGUACACAUUCACAUGAAAUAAUACCAUUUUUGUAAAUAUUUUUUUAUGAUGUAAGCCCUUGCACGUACAUACAUUAGAUGGAAAGCACAGCCACACACACACACACACACACACAGUCUGCCAGUCGAACAGACUGAGAAGCGGACAGACAGGCAGGCAAGCAUGGCUACUUGUUAAUUAAUGGAUUAUUUAAUGAUGCAUUAAAUAUUGCAUAAAUUAUUAUUUCAACUGCAUUUUACUCCAUUAAAAACCAAAACUGCAAUAGCACUUUGAAUAUCAACUUUAAAUAUAAGUAAUUAAAUAAAGACCUAUACAAAAACGCAAUUUAAAAAUUGUAAAAAUAAGGAAAUAUAUUAAAAAUAAAAACAGCAUAGAUAUUCGAAUACAAA